AUGACGAUCAUAGGAAAAGCAGACGUUCCAGAUAGGAAAGCUUUUCGCGAAGGCUUGAACAGCCGCGAUGAGUUGGGUGAGAAGGCUAAGUUUAUCACCGCUCACCUCGGAUGGGAAAGUAUCCCGGCGUACACAGAGACGGAAUCACACGAUGGAAGACCGUGCGAGGUAUCAGCACCGUUGCCCGACGAAUGCAUCAUCGUGCUCCUGUACGGGCAGAUGCAGCUCGAUGACGACGAACGAGUCCACACGGGGACCAAUGUCGCGGUGCGCACGCAAGGGUCCAAGACGCUGAAGAUCUUGACGAACAGCGCCGCGGUUUGGUAUCCGGGGAUGUGCUGCUGGGAGGGGGACGAGUGCUUCCUCGCGACGAAGGGCCAGUCACAAGAGAGAAAUCCGAGCAAACUCUUGAAGGUCAAUUUGGAUUGGGAAGGCCCCAAACAUUGUGUGAACGAAACAUGUAUCUUCUCAAAUGGCCACAUGGGUGAUGGGAUCGUACUUAUUACCAGCGAAAUAAAUGCAAAAAUUGCAAGCAAUUUCCCAGUCACGACUAAUCAUGGGGCGGCAACAUUACCAUUCCACGUGGCAGAAGUACCUGGAAAGGGCGUUGGUAUCGUUGCCGAUAGGAAAAUACGUAAAGGGGAAACUAUUCUCAUACGUUCCCCGACGAUGAUGGUGCAGACCGACCCUCAUGUUGAAAUGGAGCCCGGGACUAGGGAUGUUCUAUAUGACCUUGCCGUGGGAAAGCUUCCCACUAGAGGUCGAGAACUUUUCAUGGGCCAGAUGGGCGAGGACGUCUACGAUAAAAUAGAGACAAAUUGUUUCCAAAUGUACAUCGACGGGGCAAACGACUCGGGAGGCCACCUAGGAUGUUAUCCUGAGAUAUCUCGAUUUAAUCACGACUGUCGGCCAAAUAUUCACUAUCGUAUUUCUAACAUGACUCAUAUCACAGUUGCCGCGCGUGAUAUAGAGCCUGGUCAGGAACUAAGUAUUAGCUAUAUCGAACUAAUGCUCUCACGAAAAGAACGUCGUUCUCGCCUACGCAAGUGGGGAUUCGAAUGCGCUUGUUCUCACUGCAGCAUGAGUGACGAAGAGGUCGCUAUUUCAGAUGCGAGGCUUCAGAAGAUCGAAGAGUUAGAAACCGCCCUAGAGAAUUUUAACCAGACAAUCGUAACUGCAGAAACUGGAGGGCAGCUAGCAGAUUUAUACGAAAAGGAAAGACUGGAUGUCUAUCUUGGACGGGUAUAUACGCGGGCGGCGCUCAACUUUGCACUGUUCGGCGAAGAGAAGAAGGCGCAAAAAUACGCUCUAGCUGCAGUAGGAGCCGUGGAAAGAGAACUGGGACCAAAUGCGGCUGACGCUAAGGCUAUGAGGAUUUUGGCUGAGAAUCCGAAAGCGCAUUGGACUUGGGGGAAGCGGAGAAGAGGAAGUUUGGGAAAGGGGAAGGGGAAAUGA